AGGGGCGGGAAGGGCUGUGGGGCACCUGUCAAUUCGCCACUAUGAACGUGGUUUUUGCAGUGAAGCAGUAUAUUUCCAAAAUGAUAGAGGACAGCGGGCCCGGCAUGAAGGUACUUCUCAUGGAUAAAGAAACGACUGGUAUAGUGAGUAUGGUUUACACACAGUCAGAGAUUCUUCAGAAGGAAGUAUACCUCUUCGAACGAAUUGAUUCUCAAAAUCGAGAGAUCAUGAAACACCUAAAAGCAAUUUGUUUUCUUCGGCCUACAAAGGAGAAUGUGGAUUAUCUUAUUCAAGAGCUCCGAAGACCCAAAUACAGUAUAUAUUUUAUUUAUUUCAGUAAUGUGAUCAGCAAGAGCGAUGUGAAGUCCUUAGCUGAAGCUGAUGAGCAGGAGGUUGUGGCUGAAGUUCAGGAAUUUUAUGGUGAUUACAUUGCUGUGAAUCCACAUCUGUUUUCCCUCAAUAUUUUGGGUUGCUGUCAGGGCCGAAAUUGGGACCCAGCCCAGCUAGCCAGAACAACUCAAGGACUGACAGCUCUGCUUUUGUCUCUGAAGAAGUGCCCCAUGAUUCGCUACCAGCUUUCAUCAGAGGCCGCAAGGAGACUUGGAGAAUGUGUUAAGCAAGUGAUAAGUAAAGAAUAUGAACUCUUUGAGUUCCGGCGAACAGAAGUUCCUCCACUGCUUCUCAUUCUAGACCGCUGUGACGACGCCAUCACCCCACUGCUCAACCAGUGGACAUAUCAGGCCAUGGUCCAUGAACUACUGGGCAUAAACAACAACCGGAUUGAUCUUUCCAGAGUGCCAGGAAUCAGCAAAGACUUGAGAGAGGUGGUCCUGUCUGCUGAAAAUGAUGAAUUCUAUGCUAAUAACAUGUACCUGAACUUUGCAGAGAUUGGUAGCAAUAUAAAGAAUCUCAUGGAAGACUUCCAGAAGAAGAAACCAAAAGAACAGCAAAAGCUUGAAUCCAUAGCAGACAUGAAGGCCUUUGUUGAGAACUAUCCACAGUUCAAGAAGAUGUCUGGGACCGUAUCAAAGCAUGUGACAGUGGUCGGAGAACUGUCUCGGUUGGUCAGUGAGAGGAAUCUGCUGGAGGUUUCAGAGGUUGAGCAAGAACUGGCCUGUCAGAAUGACCAUUCUAGUGCUCUCCAGAAUGUGAAGAGACUCCUGCAGAACCCUAAAGUCACAGAAUUGGAUGCAGCUCGUCUGGUGAUGCUGUAUGCUCUACAUUAUGAGCGACACAGCAGCAACAGCCUGCCAGGACUCAUAGUGGACCUCAGGAGUAAAGGUGUUUCCGAGAAGUACCGAAAGCUUGUGUCAGCAGUUGUUGAAUACGGUGGUAAACGGGUUAGAGGAAGUGACCUCUUCAGCCCCAAAGAUGCUGUGGCUAUAACCAAACAGUUUCUCAAAGGAUUGAAGGGAGUGGAAAAUGUGUAUACACAACAUCAGCCUUUCCUGCAUGAGACCCUGGACCAUCUCAUCAAAGGAAAGCUUAAGGAAAACCUCUACCCUUAUUUAGGCCCCAGCACCCUCAGAGACAGGCCUCAGGAUAUCAUCGUCUUUGUUAUUGGAGGAGCCACCUAUGAAGAGGCGCUAACAGUUUAUAACCUGAACCGCACAACUCCUGGAGUGAGGGUUGUUCUGGGAGGGACAACAAUACACAACACAAAAAGUUUCCUAGAGGAAGUCCUGGCUUCAGGGCUGCAUAGCCGCAGCAGGGAGAGCUCACAGGCCACCUCGAGGUCAACAAGCAGAAGAUGAAACGGCAAUGAAGAAUGACGAGAAUAGCACAGCCUCCCUCUUACCCCGGCCUCAGCCCUUCCCUGCUGCCCGGGGGCCUCAGGAAGGCUCUUGUGUUUGUUGUAACUCGUGCCAGGUAACCCCAAUCCCUGAACUGCUGGCACAGACACUGGAACGCCCAUGAUGAGCCCAUCCCAACCCACUUGUGAUUCUGUACCAAAUAAACAUGUCCUUUGUGUAUUUGACAGCA